AGAUUACUCUGUGCAUAUACCGCAAUCUGUCAAAAAAAAUGGGCAGCUACUACAUGACUUAAUUUCUCAUUUUCAAUUUGUUUUAUAUAUUUCAGUACUAAUAAUUUAAUCAGCUUUUAUACAAUGCUAUCGACUGAAAAGAAUCGAUAAAACCGCGUUAUAGCUGUGUAUUUAUAAAUUCACCCAAUUAUUUCUUUUUUGAAAGCUUACAAGGUAAAAAUCUUCACUGUGUGCCGUUGGUUCGAGAUUUGAUUGUUUUCUUGUUUUUAACAUGGAAUUAAGUUCGAAAAUCAUUUCAGAACGUGUCUCGACUGUCCACCCAGAUUUUGAAAGUGACAUAGAUGUCACUCGGAGCGGGGGUUCAUCCGAGAGCCUGUGGCCGCUGAACGGUGGACUGGAGCGUUUUUCGGGGCCCCUGGAUCGCCUCUUCGACUGGUAACUCCGGGGACGAUGUGCAAGAAUCAUCUGUACGCAAAUUUCGGCCAGUUGGAAUUCUGAUCCGAUCUGUUUUGGAUUUAGGAGUGAUAGAGAAAUAAAUUUAGUGUGAAGAUGGUGUCCAACGGUAUCUAUGCUCCCGACUUGUCCUACCCGAGGAAGGAGGAGAAGCAGCAAUGCCUAAUCUACAGGGUCUUUGGACAAGUGCCAGCCCGUCUUGUCCUAUACAUGCUAUCAUGGUCUGGAUUUCUGGUAUCCUUCAUGAUGAGGACGGACAUCAACCUGACAAUAGUCGCGAUGGUGGCCGAUCCACCAAAAACCUCAUUGAACAUCUCUAGUGAAUAUUGCUAUACAACCGACAAUGAAACCUCAAUAAAUGCUCACUAUGGCGGUACCCUGCAAUGGUCCGAGAGGGUGCAGAGCUACGUGUUGGCCUCCUUUUAUUGGGCCUACAUCAUCUCACAGAUAGUUGGGGGGGUGGCAACACAAUGGUUAGGAUCCAAGAAGGUUUUCGGUUACUCCCAGCUGGUGACAGCGCUCUGCAGUUUGAAUCUGCCUUGGGCCAGUAACACCCACUAUGGUCUCGCUAUAGCCCUGAGAUUUCUUCAGGGCUUUGCUUCGGGUUUGACCUGGCCCGCAAUGUAUGCUUUAGUUGGGCCUUGGAUUCCAAUACCGGAGAGAAGUAGAUUCAUGUCAAGUUUCCAAGGCUUCAGCAUUGGCAUAGGAAUCACAUACCCUUUAGCUGGCUAUCUAAUAGCAAACUUUGGCUGGCCAUCUGUGUUCUACACUACGGGAAGCUUAGGAGUCAGUUGGUGCUUACUAUGGUAUCUGUUGGCCUUCGAUAGCCCUGAGACCCAUCCCAGGAUCAGUCUUAGUGAACAAAAGUACAUAAAGGAAAAUACUGCCAAUGCAAAAAUUAUUACAAAAGAGCACAAGACCCCAUGGUGGGAGAUCGUCAAGUCUCCGCAUACCUGGGCAAUCGGGGUGACCACCUUUGGAAGAAUCUGGGUGCAUUACACAUUCAUGAUUCCAGGCCCCAGGUACAUGAAAAGUAUCCUGGGUUUCAGUGUUGAGAAGAAUGGACUUCUCUCUGGCCUCCCCUUUGUUUGUAGCUACGUUGCCUCCGUCUUUUUCUGCUACCUUGCAGAUAAGCUUGUAACCAAAAAUAUAAUGUCUCUGCUUUCAGUAAGGAAGUUAAUGACUGCUAUAGCUCAAGUGCUGCCAGGUAUCCUAGUACUCUUCAUCGGCAACGUUGGCUGCAAUAUUGAGCUGGUUCUCGUGAUGUGGUUUGUUGCAGUAACAGUGGUACCAGCUGCCUACGCGGGCGCUAUGGCCAACGUGGUUGACAUAGCCCCCAAUUUUGCUGGGCCUGUACUGGCUUUCGCCCAGACCAUUCAUAUGUCGGCUAGUUUUCUUAGCCCGCUGGCCGCUUUCCAUAUCCUGGAUGGCAGGGACCUCCUUAUGUCGUCUUGGAGGAUGGUUUUCUAUGUCACGGCAUUUGUCUCCAUAUCUACCUAUUUCUUUUACCAAAUAUGGGGCACGACAGAGAUUCAACCAUGGAACUAUGUCCCAGAUCUCCCCAAACAAGACGAGCAAGAGGAACUCAUGGAAGGGAAACGUUCCGACCAGGACGCCGAAGCAGGCGUGGUCAAGAACGGCACCCCGGAAACUGACGGCGCUGUAGUCACAUAAACGACACAUUCCUAUUAAUCCCGAUAAUCGACGGUUAUGUCCUUUUUGUUAAAGAUUGAAAAGGUUACCUGAACAGGGCCCACAGUAUUGCUAGAUGUUUAAUUGGACCCAUUUGAAUUAUAUUUCUCAAAUCACUUCUCAGAUUUAAGCGCCACCUAAUGAAAAUAGGCUAAGCCGGUCAACAUCGGUGUGUUUAUUUAAGGUCAGACAGGUAUUCAGAUUGUUGGUUGCCUAAAUGUGUUCUUUCUAGAAACAAUCCAAGAACCAACUCGUAUUUUAUUUUGAUACUUCAAAGUUCUCUCAAUGAAACAUUCUUAUAAUUUUUAUAUUGCCAUACACAUGUAUAUAGCUCUCUUAUAAUUUCCUUUUCAGGAAGAUUGCUGUAGACUGAAGCCUAUUAUUUUCACCUGGUGGUGCACUUUGUGAUACUUAGUACUUCAGGAGUGUAGCUUUAGCAAGUUUUAUAUUUUUUCAACAAAAGUUUUAACAGUAGUUACAGCACCAAAUUUAAUUCAGAGGCAUUUGGAGUUAUAUCACUGAUUGUUUUUAUUUUGUAAAUACUGUUCUUUUUAAGGCACUCAGCUUUAAGUGUUGAGGGUACUUAGAUUGUGUAUUACCCAGUGUUCGCACAGGAGAUCUUGGAGAGUGUAAGGUUUCAUUUGGCUGCGAUUUAAAAAGAAAUGCUCAUUCAACAGUGUUUAUACUUAACAUAUUUGUUUUCCUUUUUAUUUUUACCCUUUUAUUUAAAUAUUUAAUCAUUUUAUGUAUACAAGGUGAUUCUUAGUCUUAUUAGAACUUUUUGAUGCAAUGUUUAUCCCUUAUCUACCUAAAAAAAUUUAAAUAGUAAACAUGGAUAGUCAAAGACUUAUUUGUCUCACAUCAUUGUGCAAGUUAUAAACCCUUAAGUUUGAAUUCUGCAAGUAAUUCUACAUGAAGAAGUUACUAAUCAACUUUUUACAUAAGCAGGUCUUCUAAAAGUAUUCAACUGUCUCUUAGACUUCUAUGUCUAAAAUAAAUUCUUUUCAGUAGCAUUAAAUAAAAACGCCCUCUUUGAGCGAUUAUUAGGUUAAUAUUGCUGUUUUAGACUCACCCCGUGCACAAAUCACUAUUUAUGUACCAGCCUUACAUACUUGAUGUGGUUUGAAAAAUCAAAAACAUGUUAAUGCAAUUUUCUUAAGUGCCAAUAUAUACAGGAUGGUACCAAGAAAAUAUGUUAAUUCUAUUUAAAUUUAGGAGUACUUACCUGUUGAUAUGAUAAUAAUGAAAGAACUUAUUUAGAGAUUCAUUGAGAAUUUAUUAGGUUUAAGCAACUUCAUUCUAAAAUAUGUUCAAAUUGUGGAGAGGUUUUCUGUAGGGAGGGCCAACAAAGUGAGAAAAUAAUCAUUUCAAUUUUGUGUACUUCAUUUUCUAGUAGAGCUUCCUCAUUAACUUUUUCAGUUUUAUGAGGAAACGGUUUAUUUUCUUUUUUGUUGGCCUUCCAGUAUUCGAGGUAAUAGACGAUGUACUUCUUCAGCAUUUACAAUCAGUCUUACGUUUCAAUGUUAUAAUGUGGUUAAAAGUAGUACUUAGGAAAAAAGUCGACGAGUCUCACAAGGUUAAUUAGUGUUCAUGAAAUAGAUCUUAGCACAUUUUGGAUGAAAGUGUGUAGAGAGACCAGUGGAUAAUGUAGAAAAAAAAAUUAUAUUUUUAUCAUACGCA